AUGGUCGAAACGUCAAUCCGUCAGUAUACGCUCAAGUUCUCGAUGCUGCAGCCACCGUCUCCCCUCCUGGAGAUGGCGUCCCUGAGACUACCGGAUUCGGAGGAGUUUGACGUUGAUACGCGCCGCAGGAGUAAUAAUGGCAAUGUGCCGGCCACGACAGUCGCGACCGUGCCGCCGGGUACCGGUACCUUCCUGCAGAUGAGGGACGAUCUGAGUGAUUAUUUCAACAAUCUGAUCACAGAAGCGAUCGCGACGACGAGUCCUACUAUGGAGGAUCAAGUCCUAUUGUUUAAUGCCAGUAAGAACCUGUCGGUGAUCGAGCACGCGUCCGAUCGGUUUUACAGGCACAGCGUGGCCAUGUCAGCGGUCUACUGUGUAGCAUAUGUAGUCGUCUUCGUAGUCGGUCUGAUCGGCAAUAGUUGCGUUAUCGCUGUGGUGUAUCGGUCACCUCGCAUGCGGACCGUCACGAAUUUCUUCAUCGUCAAUCUCGCGGUGGCCGACGUGCUCGUUAUUGUCUUCUGUCUGCCGGCCACGUUGAUGAGCAACAUUUUUGUCCCGUGGAUCCUGGGAUGGUUCAUGUGCAAAGCGGUUGCUUAUAUACAGGGCGUCUCCGUGGCAGCCUCCGUCUACAGCCUGGUUGCGGUCUCUCUGGAUAGGUUUUUGGCAAUCUGGUGGCCGUUAAAAUGUCAAAUCACGAAGCGGCGAGCUCGCAUGAUAAUCGUCGUAAUCUGGUUCAUCGCUCUGACAAUGACGUCACCCUGGUUGCUAUUUUUUGACUUGGUCUCCAUCUACGACGAUGAUCCCGAUUUACGUUUCUGCCUGGAAAAGUGGCCGCAUCCUAAGGACGGCUCACUGUUCUUUCUAAUUGGCAAUUUAAUUCUUUGCUACGUGUUACCAAUGAUACUCAUAUCUCUCUGCUAUAUUCUCAUCUGGAUCAAGGUGUGGCGCAGGCAUAUACCCACCGAUACCAAGGACGCUCAGAUGGAGAGGAUACAGCAGAAGUCGAAGGUGAAGGUGGUCAAGAUGUUGGUCGUGGUCGUGAUACUUUUCGUCCUCUCAUGGUUGCCUCUCUACGUGAUCUUUGCUGUAGUCAAACUAGGUGGCGACGUGGCUGAGAGGGAGGACGAAAUUCUGCCGAUCGCCACGCCGAUCGCCCAGUGGCUAGGCGCCAGCAAUUCCUGCAUAAAUCCGAUCCUCUACGCUUUCUUCAACAAGAAAUACCGACGCGGCUUCAUCGCCAUCCUGAAGAGCGGCCGGUGCUGCGGCAAACUCAGGUAUUACGAGACCGUCGCGAUGAUGUCCUCCUCAACGAGCAUGAGGAAGUCCUCUUAUUAUGUCAACAACAAUAACAACUCAUCGACGAGACGCUGGCACGGACCACCGGUCCAUCAGGAUAGCAAUGUUUCUUACAUAUUCAAUCACACUGGUGUGUAAUUGUAGCCAUGUAAGUCGAAGGUGCCCUGAGGUAGCCUUUACUAUGCUGAUUUAAUACCCGAUCAAACUGAAAGAGAACGUGGUGGCCUUUGCAUCUCGAUCGGCCACUCUAACGCAUGGUUAGAAGCCAAAAUCUGGCCGAAGUCAGCCAGUCCGAGAAUUAUGGAUCAUCUUGUGGAUGAUCGACAUGAUUGUUACUCGGGCCGGAAAUUGUCAAUGGAAAAACGAGAGCCGGAGGAGAAGAAAUCUUUCCCGGCAGACUACGAAUCGUUGCCCUGCCAUUGCCCUUACGAAAGACACCGUUAUUUGGAUUUUGUCACAAUGUUAGCCACUGCGUAUCCUACGUAAUAUAUUCUAGUUGUUAAGACGAGUUCACCGCUGCGAGUUGUACAAUUGUUCGUCCAAUGACACGAUGAAGUAGCUUUCUAGGCGAUCCAAGAGACGAGAUUUACGCUUCAAUGAAUCUUAGAACUUCUUCUAUGUUCGAGAUAUUUGUACGGUACGUUUGAACGAUGAGUCUAAUUAAGUCUACUAGUUAAAUGUAAAGUAGGAUGGGUUUGUUACGAUUGCGGCGGAUGCAUGCACCCUUGUAUGUCGAGUACGUCAGUACGUAAUUAGCGCGACAACGGUGAGUGACAAUGAUGACUCGUGCGAAUGCGAAUAUGAAUUGAGUCGUUGUCUCUUGAUAGUAGACACACUGCACUUCCGUCAUCAUGACAAACAAUUAAGCCGAUCCUCAUCAUUUGGAUAUCGUAAUUAAGGAGGCAGGAGUGGAAGCGUGUACACCAAUUAAGUGCGGAGCUUUAUCGAAUAUACAACGGAAGACAUAGCAUAGUGUAAGACUCGAUUUUCAUAUGAGUAGUCUUCG